CACGUGCGUGUAUAUUAUACAUAUUUAAACAACUAUAUUUUUUAUGAACAAAACGUUGGUAACACGCAUGGUGAUUAUAAUGAAUCAUAACAAGUUUUAAUAGUUCAAACCAUGAUUUGAACUUUGAGUACAGAAUUUCGUGCUGUGAAUCGGUAUAAUAUAGGGAUACAAAGUGUGUCUGAGUAAGUAAUCAUCAGCAAAAAGUUCAGAAACGAGUGAGCAACCUAUACCUAUAAACAAAGCCACUGGGGCAUUCCAAGCUUUUAUGUUGACAGGAUGUCUUUUCCAACUAAAGAAGAUCGAACAGUUUGCUGGGAAAAUAGAGAUUUAUAUUGGAAUUGCCUGGAUGAAAAAAAAUCCGAGGAUCUUUGCAAAGAAUUUAGAAAAAAAUAUGAAAAACUUUGUCCAUCUCAAUGGGUGAAGCAUUUUGAUAGAAAACGAGAAUACUUAAUAUUUAAGGAUCGAUUGGAAAAAGAGGGGAUUGUUAAAGACAAUGAAAACAAAGAUUUAUGUUCUUCUGAUUUAACACCUCGAAGAAGAUCGUUUUACACGUUUCCAUCUCCAAGGCCCAACAUCUAAGAUUAAAAGAAAACUCAUUAAUGAUAUAAAGUUAAUUUUUAUACAAAAUGUUGACAAUGAGUCGUAUUUAUGAAAUUUCGUGAAGAUAUUUUAAAUAAUAAUUAUGGAGCCGGUUCACUUGCCCAUUAAAAGCAAGACCACCAAAGCAAGCGUAAAGAUAAAGGAUGCAGAGGACAUUGCAAUUUUUAGCUCCAAAAAUAAUUUAAUGAAUUUGGAAUCG